AUGAACAAAAAUUUAUUUGAUUUCGAUCAAAGUAGCAAGAUUGAAACAGUUUUUGAUGCAGCUACAGGAUUUAUGAUACCUCUUAUCAUAUAUUUAUCCUUAAAUUAUGGGAUGAAUAUUUAUUUAUUUGGUUCAUUCAUUAUAUUAGCAAUGGCUGAUAUGGGAUUAACUAUAUUAUUCACACAUCUUUCUUAUAUUCAAUAUAAUAAUAAUAUAUUCUUUUGGAUAUAUUUUAUAUUUAUUGCACCAAUUUAUAUUAUAAAUUAUCUUCUUAUAUUAAAAGAAAGUAAUUUUUUUAAUAAAUCAUUCUUAAGAAAUGAUAAGAGGGAAAUUAAUAAAAUGGAAAAAUAUAUUAAAAAAAGAUUAAUUCCUUUAACAUUAUUUAUUAUAAAUUUAAUAUUUUUGGGUAUCGCUAUACAUUAUCAAAUUGUUGAUUUUAUAAAUGGACUUUUUAUAAUUAUACCAAGUUUACUUUUAUUUAUUGUUUAUUUUGGUUUCAUCAUUUUUUAUGAUGAAAGUAAAAAAAAGAGUAAUGGACUUACUCAUCUUCGUUUUUUUGUUGAAUUUAUGUGUUCAAUAAUUUUUGUUAUGAUAACUGGUCCUUCUGUAUUAUGGAUAAAAUUUUAUUUAUCUAUUACUGUAGUUGAAAUGUCUUUAUAUUUAGAAAGAGCAAAACCAUCAGAUUCAAAAUUACCAAUCCGUUAUAGAUUAGAUAAUUUUAUUCAAUGUAGAGAUUUAUUAUUAAAUCUUCAUAAUAACAAUAAUAAUGAUGAUAAUAAUAAUGAUAAUGAUGAUAAUAAUAAUAAUGAUGAUAAUGGUAAUAAUAAUGAUGAUAAUAAUGGUAAUGAAAAAAUUAAAAAUUUUGUAAUAGAAUUACAUGUAAAUCAUAAAAAAGAAGAAAAUAAUGAUAUUCAAAUUCUUACUUUAAACGUUGUUGACGUUUAA